UGCGUCGACACGGCAUCUGUAUCUGUCUAUUUUCCCCCCUUCACCCCAGAACAUAUAACCCAACUUUCAACCCCUGAAUCCAAGUAAAUAAUAACAGAACUCAUCAAAGAAGAAGAAGAAGUAGUAGUGAGAAUCUAUGCCUAUAUGCUCUGUUUCACCAUGGCUUGUUCAGUUGUUGUUGGUAUUAUAUCCUCGUCCCCACCACCACCCUAAACCAUUCUCAACUCCAUAGAGCUCAGCUAGCUCUCUCUCUGUCUCUCUCUCAUUCUACUCUUCCUCACUACAACAACAACCUACUUCUGUUUCUACACACCCAGCAUUCAUCUUACUACACCAACCCCAAACCUCUCCACCUCUUUAGUCUUUAUCUUCUUCCUUGUCCAGACCUCAUUACUUUAUUUAGUCCCAUAAAGUUUCUGAUUGAUUUUAUUGGUUUGUCCUAUUUUUUAUUUCCGGGUUUUGCUCCCAGGUCAGACCCCUCUCCAAAUCUCCACAAACACUCCUCCUUUAUUUUAUUUUAUUUUUAUUUAUAUUCAAACUCGUUAGCCGGGAAUGCCAACGCCGGUAGGCGCAGCGAGGCAAUGUUUGACCGAGGAGGCGGCGCGUGCGCUUGACGACGCAGUAGCGGUGGCGCGUAGGCGGAGUCACGCGCAGACGACGUCGCUCCACGCUGUUUCCGCUCUGUUAUCGCUUCCGUCGUCCGCCCUCCGCGACGCGUGCGCACGCGCCAGGAGCAGCGCGUACUCGCCUCGGCUCCAGUUCCGGGCGCUGGAUCUCUCGGUGGGGGUGUCGCUGGACCGGCUGCCGUCGGCGAAGGCGCAGGAGGAGCCGCCGGUGUCGAACUCGCUGAUGGCGGCGAUCAAGAGGUCGCAGGCGAACCAGCGGCGCCACCCGGAGAGCUUCCACCUCCACCAGAUUCACAGCCAGCAGCAGACGGCGUCGCUUCUCAAGGUCGAGCUUAAACACUUUAUCCUGUCGAUUCUCGACGACCCGAUUGUGAGCCGGGUCUUCGGGGAGGCCGGGUUCAGGAGCUGUGACAUAAAGCUCGCGAUUGUUCACCCGCCGGUGACGCAAUCGAACCGGUUUUCACGGACUCUCUGCCCGCCCAUUUUCCUCUGCAAUCUAACGGACCCCGACCCGGCCCGGCUGAGAUUCCCUUUCCCGCUUCCUACGGGAUUCACUGCUCAUGACGAGAAUAGCAAGAGAAUCGGAGAGGUGUUAGUUAAAAAGAGCGGGAAGAAUCCCUUAUUAGUCGGCGGAAAUGCCGCGGAAGCUCUCAAGAACUUCAUUACAGCUGUACAGAAGAACACGUUGCCUCCGGAGAUCACGCGCCUUAGUGCGGUCACUGUCGAAAAGGAGAUAUCGGAGUUUGUGGUGGACGGCGGGAGUGAGGAGAAGAUGAGGUCGAAGCUGAAGGAGGUGAGUCAAUUGGCCGAGCAAUGUUCAAGGGAUGGAGCUGGUGUGAUUGUCAAUAUCGGCGAGAUGAAGGCUUUGGUUGACGAGGGGGUGGUGUGUGAGGCUUUGACCUUUGUGGUGGCUCAAUUGAAGGAGUUGCUGGAGAGGCAUAGUGGGAAGGUGUGGCUGAUCGGCGCGGCGGGGAGUAAUGAAAUGUACAAGAAGCUUGUGGAGAAGUUUCCGGCUAUUGAGAAGGAUUGGGACCUUCAUCUACUUCCCAUCAGCUCUUCCAAAGCUUCAGUGGAUGGUGUUUACUCUAAAUCCAGAUUGAUGGGGUCUUUCGUACCAUUUGGGGGAUUCUUCUCUGGACCAUCCAACUUUGCAAAUCCACUGCGCAGCAAGGGUCAUUCAUUUAUACGCUGUCAUCUGUGCACAGAGAAGUAUGAGCAAGAAGUUGCUUCUAUUCGGAAAGAUGGAUCAGCCAUUACAGUGGGCGAGCAGUGCUCGACUAGCUCACCUUAUUGGUUACAAAUGACUGAACUUGACCAUGGCAAGGGAGUGGAUCUCGCGAAGACCAAAGCUGAUAAUAUGACAUUGAGUGAUACAGUAUCAAGACUCCAAAAGAAAUGGAAUGAUAUCUGCCGAAAAGUUCAUCAUGCUCAAUCAUUCCCUAAAAUGGACAAUUGUCAAGCUGGGACUCAGGUUGCAUCUCCUGAGGGUUGUCAUGUCGCUGCAGAUAGAAGAGAAAGUAGCGGUGAAGAUUCAUCUAUACAUGAAAGCCGAAGUGCAAAAUAUAACUGCCUUCCAAUGGACAGGCAAAAGAGUUUGCUGUCGGAUCAAAGCUUAGUAAUGCAAGUAGCUUCUGAUGCUGAGAAUUCUUUUAUGCAAACCAAGCAAUCGGUUAGAGAUUCAACGGGUCAGCAACUUGAACUGGGAAGCCCCGGCCGUUCACCUUUCCCAAUCCCCUCUAUGAAUAUUCCCACUGAUCGCACAUCAUCCUCGUCUGUCACUUCGGUGACUACAGAUUUAGGAUUGGGAACCUUAUAUGCAUCAACUAGACAGGUACCACUAAGUCCCAAGCAAGAUCAUCGAGAGUGCCUCCGGCGCCUCUCAGGUUCCAUUUCUGCUGAAUUCAAUGGAGUAAGUAACAAUAGUUUGCCUCAAAUAGCACAGUCCUCUUCCUGCACUGGAUCUAAUUUUGGUGGACAGUUUGAUCCAAGAGAUUUCAAGUCACUUAGGAGAGUUCUCACAGAAAAGGUUGGCUGGCAAGAUGAAGCAAUAUACACCAUUAGUCGAGCAAUAUCCCGGUGCAGGUCUGGUAGUGGAAAGCAUCGUGGUUCAAAAGUCAGAGGAGAUAUAUGGUUGAAUUUGGUUGGACCCGACAGAGUUGGAAAGAAGAAGAUCGCUGUAGCACUUGCAGAGACAAUGUUUGGCACUAAGGAAAGCUUAAUCUCUGUUGAUAUGGGAGAGAAGGGAUGUGAAUAUGACUCUAUGUUUCAAUGGGAAUCCCAAGAUGAUUAUGAUGUGAAAUUUAGGGGUAAGACUGCUGUAGAUUAUGUUGCUGGGGAACUAAUCAGGAGACCCCAUUCAGUUUUCUUCCUUGAAAAUGUUGAUAAGGCUGAUUUUCUGGCUCAGAAUAACUUGUCCCAGGCCAUUAGGACUGGCAAGUUUCCAGACUCUCACGGCAGAGAAAUCAGCAUUAACAACAUAAUCUUUGUGAUGACUUCAGCUACCAAAAAGGGCAGCAGAAUUCACUAUUUAGAGAAGGAACCCCUGAAAUUCUCAGAGGAGAUAGUAUUUGGUGCCAAGAGGUGUCAAAUGCAAAUACUAAAUAUUGGGGAUGUCAGCCAAAUGAAUGGUUUGAAUGUGAGGAUCACACCACAGGAAGGAAUCUCUAACCCUUCUUCUGUAAAUAAGAGAAAGCUGAUUGACAGCAGUGCCUCCAUAGAGGAAACCUCAGACUUACAGAAACGGGGCAACAAGGCAUCAAGGUCCUUUCUUGAUUUGAAUUUGCCUGUUCAAGAGAUAGAUGAGGGAAUGCACUGUGGAGACUAUGACAGUGACUCCAUCUCCGAAAACGCAGAAGCUUGGAUGGAAGACUUCCUUGAUCAAAUAGAUGAAACAGUGGUUUUGAAGCCAUUCAACUUCGAUGCUCUUGCUGAGAAAAUAGUAAAGGCGAUUGGCCAGGAAUUUAAAAAGGUCUUUGGAUCCGAGGAUCAGCUAGAGAUCGACUUCAGAGUCAUGGUUCAAUUACUUGCAGCUUGUUGGUUAUCAGAAAAGAAAGUAUUGGAGGAUUGGAUUGAACAGGUUCUCUCCAUAAGCUUUGUUGAAGCACGCCAAAGGUAUCGUCCCACUGCUCAUUCUUUAAUAAAAUUGGUUGCCGGUGGAGCACUUUCAGUGCAAGAGCAAACUCCCGGUGUUUGCCUUCCUGCUAGAAUUAGUCUGAACUAAUUUUGUGGUCACUGUGGUUUCUGUAAUUACAUGUAUAAUGUAGCUCUUAGCAUACAGUAUAUGGCAUUAGAGAAGCUUUGGUUUUCUAAUCAAUCUUUAUGAUUUUUUGGGUAAAUCAUUCUGUGUUUGUAAGAAUGUGGAAAUUCCUCUAGAUCUUGGAGAGUUAGUCACUUAGUUGUCUAGUUUGUAACAAGUACCCUAUAUCGUAACUUG